AUGCAUCCGUCCGUUUGUCCAUCCGUCACCAGCAUCUUGAGGAUGGACCCAACGGUGACCGAGAUUGACGACACUUCUCUAUUAGCGCUUCUCGUUGAAAUGUUCUCUCACAUCAUCAAUGGAUAUCUCACCGCUGCUUUCGUCAUUACGGGUGUUGUGCUCAAUCUCUUCUCGAUUUUCAUUUUCCUUCGAUGCGAACGAACCGGCACACCGGCUAUUCAAUACUACUUAGUCACGCUUACCAUGUGGCAAACGGCGCUUUUGUGCAACGCUUUCCUCUUGUACUGUUUGCCAAAUUUGAUCUUCGGCCAUCUCGUCUCAAAUGGUUCCUACGUGCACAUCUAUCCCUAUGUGUACACAUUUGCAAACACAACGCAUACAGGCUCAGUCUGGAUCGUUUUGACUUUGACAAUCGACCGAUAUCUGGCGCUGUGUCAACCAUUGAAACAUCGAGCGAUCGGGAAACGCAGCCGCGUGAAGCGUCUAAUGUUGGUGGUUUCCCUGUUGGCCGUCCUUUUCUCAGUUCCUCGUUUCUUCGAGGUUCACGUUGAAGAGGUUUGCGGCGCGGAUCGCCGCACCGGCGAAGAGUACUGUAUUCCGCAAAUCGCGAGAACCAAUCUGUAUCAGGAUGGCCUCUAUUGGUCUGUGUACCAUGUGAUAUUGGCAAUGCUGUUCGUCACUUUGUGCCCAUGCCUUCUCCUUUGUGCCCUCACGGCGAGGAUCUCGAUCGAGCUCCGGAAUGCCGUCGCGCAAAGGCGACAACUUUGCCCACCAAAUUUGGACAUUGAUCGACGGUGCAAGACGAAGACGACAGUCUAUAGCAGAAAAGAGCACAAGGCAAACAUCAUGUUGGUGCUGGUAAUCGCCAAAUUCUUGAUCUCGGACAUCUUGCCCACAGUGGCCGAUCUACUAGAAAAUUUGGUCGGCGCCGAGACGUUUAUGUCGAGUCCACUUGCCUCACUCUUUGUCGAUAUCUCGAAUUUCCUCCUCGUUCUCAAUUGUUCCUCAAAUUUUUGGGUGUUCAUCAUUUGGGGAAAGCGUUUCCGGAAAUCCGUGAAGAAUUUCAUCGUUUCGACAAAAUGCGGUGCCGCUUUGUACAAAAUGACACAAUUUGGAUCAGAAACGGACGUCACUUCGGUGUUGAUCCCGACGGUUUCCCCGCUCGGUGCUCCAUUCGACACAAAAAGGUCACCAAAGCUGCAUCUCGCCGUUUCGUCCAAGUGCACCGAGGCAAAAACGUACGCCUCAACGGGAAACACAACGGCGCGUUUCUCGUCGAAUUGCUGGGAUUACGAGAAACACUCGAUGUUACAACAAUUGGAACGACAAAAACUUCUUCACUCG